AUGACAACCGAAUAAUAAAGUUCUAAUAAGAAAACGUGGGCUGAAUUAGCAGAAGAAGAGGAUGAUGAAAUUGAAAAUGGUUAAUUCACAACAAAUUCUGAAACUCUAGACAAAAAUGAGAUUCCUUCCCAACCAGGUUUGACAAAAUCUGUAUCAGAAUUUCAAUCUAAACCAAGAAAUGAAAAAUAAAGAAAUAAUAAAUAGAGAGAAAAUGGUGGUAAUGGUCUCAAAAAUUAUAAACAAAAUAAUUCACUUCAAGUCAAAGGAAACAAUAAACAAAAUAGAUAAUCAAAAAGCAAUUAUGAUGAAGUUUAUGAUGCUUUAUUUGAAACAACCAAUUAGGAAAUUAUUUUAAGAGUUAAAACAUAAAAUAAAAGUGAAAAUUUAGAGGCUGUUAAAGAAUAUUUUGAAAAACAGUAUUAAAAUAUAAAAGCAUUUCCAAGAAACGAUAUUAAUUAGGUGGAUUUAUUGACAUCCCCCAAAAUUGGAUUGUAUAUACUGGAGGAUCUUAGAUUUAAAGUCCAAAUUGGUGAUUCUCAAUUUGCAAUUUACUAUCCUUAAUUUCCAAACGAAUAAUUGUCUGAAUAUUAUGCAAAGAAAAGGUAUUUAGAAAAGGAAAAGAAAUCUCAAUAAUCGAAUGCUGUUUUUCAAAGAAGUGCCAUUAAUUCUAAAGUCAAUGAUUAAUAGGAUUAUUAUGAAAAAUCUGAUGGUAGUAGCAACACCUUAGAAAAGGUUUAGUAUGAUUAACCUUAAAUUUAUAAAGAGAAAGAUUACCAAUAAGAUGAAGAACAAGAAUACAACUAAUCCUAAAAUAGAUAAAAAUAUGAAAAGAAGGAUUUUAAUAAAUAAACAAAUUAUAGACCUAGAAAUUUUAACAAAUAAUCUGAAUAAUAUGAUUAAGAAUAAGAUUGGAGAGAAUACUAAGAUGAAAAAUAUUCUAAUUAUAAAUCUCAUAAAUAUAGAAAUGAAUAACAUAUACCUAAAGAAAGCUAUCAAAAUUAAAAAUAUCAUUCAAAUAAAGGAUAUGAAUACACAGAGAAAACCACUUCUAACAACAAUUAAUCUCCUUUUCAAUAAAAAGAACAAAAUAAAGAUUAUAGAAAUAAUUAUUAUUAUUAAAAUAAUAAUAACAAUAAUGGUAAUAGUAAUAGUAAUAAUAAUAAUAAUAAUAACAAUAAUCAUAAUUAUAAUUAAAAAAGAUCUUACUAAUAAAAUAACAAAUAAAAAAGCGAUUAAUAUGUAAUUUAUGAAGAGAAAUAGAAAAAAGAUUAUUAUGAAGAACCAGAUAAUUAAAAAAUAAAUGAAGAUAAUUUUGAAGGUGAAGUUAAGAAUCCUUAAAAGAUUAAUUAAGCAAUUUAGUAGCAAAAUUUGAAUGAAGAAAAUUAUGAGGAUACAUAAAUAGAUAGUGAAAAUGAACAAGAUCAGGAAUAAGUUGAGGAAAAUAAAUCUCCAAAUAAAAAUAAAAAGAAGAAAAAAAAUAAAAAAGCUUAAAAAACCUCAAAACCAAAUGACACCAAUUUCUUUGGAAUAUUAUAGAGUGUAACAAAAUGA